AUCCCGAUAUCAUAGACAUCGUUCCUCAAAACGCAGCGGACGACGAUGAAAUAAGUAAUAAACAUUUUGCGGCGCUUUUGACAGGAAGAUCCUCGUUGGACCUUCACAAUCACUCAUGGUUCGAUGAUUUCAACAAAAACAACGUGGUAGCAACCGGUAGGUUCACUUUCCAUAGAAAGAACCUCCACUUUUCCUUCUACAUAUCGGAAAAAGCAGCACGACCACGUUCUCUUCACUUCAUAGACCACCAGGGUAACAUCCUGGAAGAGUUCAUACUUUCCCACGCAGGCGGACUGGUCAACAGCUUGUACCAGAACGCCACCAGAAAGGUAUGCGGAAUAUGGAGAAGACUACCGAAAGGUUACCGUCAUCUGUUGAAAGAAGAGAAGAUGUACGUGGUCCUAAUUUGGGGAAAUAAGGACACCGAAUUCACGUUGAGCGGUAGGGUGAUGCGCUACCUCGCUCUAGGAAGCGAACAGUUCAGUUCCUUGCUAGAACCUGCACCUGGCACGGACUCCAUGAUGAUGGCAGGCGCAGGAGGAACCGCGAUAGUAUCUACUUCCUCAUCGUUGUCGCCUGUGUUACACUUAGCCAUAAUCUUUAACGGACUCUUCACAAACAUUGACGACGUGGAAGUGCCACUCAACGUGAUGCUUGUAUUGGAGGAGAAGAAGCAAGUAAUUCUUCAAGAAAACAUCAUUGUUCACCAACCAGCCACAGACCUGAACCUCAUCGAACUGAGUUCUACGGUAUCUCAAGCAGAUCUUCGCUCGCUGUCAAGGGGUCGUUUGGUGGUUACGGUGUCUUCAGUAUCGAAACCUGAAGCCCUACGUCUAAGCGGGAAUGUAAUAACCAAGAUUACGUGCGAAAUUUUCCAAACGACUUUGUCUUCGGAGAAGCACUCGCAAGAUGGCGACUCUGGUUUAGCCUGGAUGUAUUUAAACAACCAGGGUUCUUUGAUUUACAACGUCCAAGUCGACAACUUAGAUUCUGAUACAUACCAUUUGAUGACACUGACGGACCCGUCGGGAAAGAAGAAGGCAGAAGUUUAUGCCCCUUUCCAUAAGGGAUGGGCCAAUGGCACAGAAGAAAAAAUGGCCCACAAAAUCAUAGAUCCUCUUUACAACGGCAAGUUAGAUAUGAGUAUCGUAAUCGCAAACGACACCCUUCAUGGCUACCUCUCCCCCAAGCUAGUGGCUGAUGCGAGGGAUGCUCCAGCUCCGGUCCUCCUCAAACGAGAGAACUACACCUUACCCUCCUCAGUGGUGGGAAUAGUUUGGAUUUCCGUCGACAAUGACUGCCACUUUCACUACGAUGUCUCCAUAUCGGGCCUUGGACACGACAGAAAACUAGAGCUCUACAUGGAGAUGUAUCCCAUAAUAGCACCUGGAGCACCGUACAUUCAAAAGCACUUGGAAGACUUCCAGGGCAACCAAGUGGAAGGAAGCCCCGUCGAGGCACUCAGCAAGGAAGAGUUAGAUAGAUUGGACGGUGGAGUAACAUUCAUCAAGGUCAAGGAUAUCGUUUCGCAGGUUAUUUUGCUCUCGGCGACAUUACCUAAGAUGCAGUUGCCCCUCACCUGCAGAUCACCCUUCACCGACAACAACGUACCGACUUUACUGGACAAUCCCUUGACGCUACCGACAGAGGAGUGUUUCUUCGAAGGUAAAUUCUAUAAGAAAGACACCUCUUGGGAAUCGACGAAAAACCCUUGCCAGACGUGCUUCUGUGAAGACGGCACUUCCAAGUGCGACUUCAUGCCCUGCCCAAAAAUCGACUGUCCUCAAAACAACAUAACCAUGACGAGUGGGGAGUGUUGUCCGGUCUGCAGCAACCAACAUGCAACAAAAUCCGGCAGCAACAAAUGCACUUUCAAUGGUAGAAUAUAUUCGGCAGGCAGCAAGUUUUAUCCCUUCCUCAUACCCACCGGCUUCGAUACGUGCACCGAGUGCUUUUGCAAUCCCAAAAGUUUGGAAAUCGAAUGCAAGAGGUUGGACGACAAUGAAAAGAAUUGUUGCAGGAAUUGCAAAAACAUAAACUCUUCUGCUUCGACGUCCAAUGACGACGGCAUCACUUUCAUUCAGAAUAAGUACGGCUCGAAACACAAAGAGGACAAUGGUAAGCCGCCGGCUUUGAUAAUGAAGGAGGGAGGCUGCAGAAAUCAAAACGACGAAAGGAAACCUUACCCCAACGGAAGCAAGUUCCAUCCCUUCUUAGCAUCGCUCGGGGAAUAUAAAUGUGUCACCUGUACAUGUCAUAAUGGUAGCCCAACAUGCGUAAGGCAGAGGUGUGAAUGGAAGACUUGCAAGAAGUUAUUCGACUUCCGCAGAGAACGGCGAGCCAAGAAGAUGCCGAUGGACCUCUCAGAUUAUUGCUGUACUGUCAAGGAAUGUAAGAGAAUGAGGCACCGAAAGAAGGUGGAAGAGAGGACCUCGCAUACGCAGUGAAAGACAACUCACGCAAUUCUGGAACUUUCAAACAGGCUUUCAAAGUCCUAGUUACCCCCUUAACCAAAGAAGACUGAGGCAGUUAUGAGAAGAGAAGAGAGCUGUCAUAUUUAUUUUGUAUUUUAAGUAUCGCUCAGGGUGGGUGUGGAAAACUAGUCACAAUUCGAAACGUUUCAUUCCUAGCGGGUUUGACGUAUUUACUUGGCUCGGGUAAUUGUGAUGCAUUUUUCGCCACUUCACCCUGUAUGCUGUAUAUACGUUAGGAACGAGCGGAGUCAAAUCGAUGGUGGCUAAUUGAGAUUUUAUUUAUUUAUAUUUUUCUAGUUAUUUCUGAGGGAAGUUUCAUUUGACUGCGCUCAAAAAACUAUUCACUAUUUAUUCAACAAAAUUAUUAUAAAUUAUUCCAUAAAUGUAUAAAACAGAGGGUUUCUACGAGAUAGAAUUCUCAAUACUCACUAGAGACGAAGGCUGAUAGAUCGUUUUGGGAAAAAAUGAAAAACAUACUCUGUUGUAUAAUAUUUAUACCUUUAAUUUAUUAUCGUUAUGGUGAAUUUUAUUUUGAAAUUCGUUAUGACGAACUUUUUUUUGUUUUUUCCCUGGUUGAGAGAAAUAGAGCUAAAUCAUUUUGACGGUGGCCAAAACGUGAUAGAUUUUUCCAGUGAGAUUAGUGAUGGUACGAGUGACUUCUCAAUGAAAAAACGAAAUGUCUGUUCAAUAAACUCGUAUUUUCUUCAGGUUGUAUACUCAAGCAAUGAAAAUAUUCAAGUUCAUAUCUGAAUUUCAAAGUAAGUUGUUCCAUUUCAUGUUUCAAUAAUGGAGAUCUCAUAAAUAGUUGUACGUAAACCAAAAUUAUCCAUUCGAUGUAUGUAAAACGAUUUUACUUCCUCCUGGUACUUUCGAACUUGUCAAAAACCGAAUGUUCCAUGUUCGAAGCUUUUUGAAUCCUUCAUCACUUUGUAUUACACAACAUUCUUCUAAAAAAUUCAAUCUAUACUUUCAAAUUCCCCAAAUACGAUUUUGUAUGAGAAGUGAGAAUAAAGUUUAUACUCUCUAAGUUAGUCUGAAACAUAUGAGCAUGAUCUACACAUCUUUCUAAAGAGUUCAUUGCUUUCUUCCUUUCUUAGAAAGUUUCUCACAUUUUUUGUGUAGGAAGCAAAAAGCUUUUUUUCAUUAAACAUGUUAUUAUAUGAAUGGAUUAUGCAAAAAGUAUUUACCACAAAAAUAGUUUCUUCAUUAUAAAAACUGUUCUAUCAAAAUUGCUGUAAGAAGUAUCUGUGUUCUUCUAACUGUUGAAUACAAAAGUAUUCUUUACAAAUCAGAAUCGGAAGUUUUCAACUUGCUAACAAUGUUGAGUGUUAAAUUCUACAGUUAGGUGUCAUGUUUUAUCGGUAUUUACAAAAUAGUCUUUAUAAUCUAGAUUCAGCUCUCGUAGUGAGUCGUUUUCAGAAAAUGUGUUUAUUUCAAUCAAUAUUCAAAACAUAAAAAAUUAAAACUUAGGACACGAAGUUCAUUUUCUCUGUUUGAAUGUUAGAUUGCCUCAAAAAUAAUUUUGAAAAAUAUGGACGAUAAUAUAUACAUACAUAGGAGUAAACAAAAAAAUGUUCAGUUUGUUAGACAUACGUUCAGCAGUAGCAGGUAUUACAAUUUCUCAUUGAUAUUUCAUUAGGCAUUGACUUUGUCCUAUUCAGCUCUCAUAACAUACAAUGUUCAUAUGAGCAUGUAUCAAAUUAUUUAUUCAAUAACAUCUGUGUCAAAAAUUUCCCAGAUUGUUUGAAAAUAUGCAUCUAUUUCCAAAAAUACAUAAAAAAUAUUGUCUCUUCAUUAGUCUUGUUAAAAUUGUUAAAGAAUUAUGGAAGACUAUGAAUGUUUUACACAACAGAAAACAUGUAUUAAGAAAUUCAAGCAGAAUAUUUUUACAUUAUUUCAGACAUUAAUUCUCAUCUGUAUCCAAGAAAACACUCCAUAAAAAGUAACUGACACGAGUGAAAACAAAUGAUUGUUUCAAACAAUAUUUGUUCAGAAUCAACUCAAAUAAUGCUUCUUCUAUUAUAGCUGAACUGAUAUUUUAUUGAGCCUGAAUAAUUUUCAGUUAAAUUCUCUUAAAAGAUCGUAAUUUGUUCUUUAUAUCUCGGCUUGUGCUUCACAGAACUCUUGAGGCUCAGAAGACAAUCACUGGUACCAAAACUAUAAUUAGUUCAUUAGUCCUAAUUUUUCUGUCCCACUAUCAUAUGAAACCAAAUUAUUUUUUAACAAAACACCGAGAAACAUUUGGCCACUUUCAUAUUUGUAGUAGGACAUAUCAUAUUUGGUGCCAUUAUCAAAAAAACAUAGAUACUUAAUUAGUUGUUGUGUAUUUGUUAUGAAUGUCGAGAAAAAAUUUUGAAAAAGCGAAAAUGUUAUCGGACGUGGCUUGCCUAUACUCGUAGGAGCAUUUACUUACAGGGUGGCUGGACACUUGGACUUCGAGUACAGAUCAUCUGUAUCGAGAAAACCCCGUAUUUGAUUCCAGAACACCUUGUAUAUCAUUUUAAAUUUCAUUCUGGAAUCUCCCUUUGCAAUACUACAGUAUUUUGCUAAAUGAUUACAUAGUCUAAUCUUAGUAGUUUAUGAGUGAAUGUGAUUUUUUCUAAAAUAAGAACAUUGUAAAUAUUUCAAUUCAGUGUGCAGGUCAUGGAUAGCAGGUAAGAAAAUUGUAUUUUUCUUCACCUCUAUCUUAUUAAAUACUUUUACGCUUUGUAAAUUUGUUUUCUAGUAUAAGCUACAAAUGUACGUAAGUGUUAGAUGAGAAAAAACUUAUAUGAACUAACUUCUUUUAAGUUGUAAUAUAAAUAGUUGUAAUAUGGGCCUCAUGAUAUUGCAUUUGGUAACUUAAUGAUUCUUUGUCAGUAAAUCAAUGGACUUGUAAAUAUAUUAGCAAAUGCAGUGAGUAACAGUAAAGCUAUAUUUAAAUCUAAGUGUACCUGCUAGGUAGAUAUUAUAUGCUUCAUUAAUACA